UUUCAACGUACAAAUCGAGAUUUUUGUAACGUACUGUGUGCUUUACUUUUACAUCGUUGGAUCGUACCUCGCCUCACAUUAUGCCCAUGUUCACUAUAUUUACAUUCCUGAGGGGUCUGUCAUUAGGCUAUGGCACAGUCUACUAGGAGUGUUUGGUAAAAUGAGGCGACAAGACAAUGGAUCUCACAUGAUUAUCAUGCAAGAACUGGAGAGCUGGGGCUGUAUUUAUGAAGUAUCUCUGAGUAGGAGUGCUGAUCUACUAUCACAGCCAUUGCAAUCAGCCCCACAGCCACCAGGGAGCGAUAGAAGAUCCAGCCAGAGGUGAUGGUGAGCAGGAAGACACACAGGACAAAAAGCUGACCGGCUGUCAGAAUAGGGACCCAAUCCACUGUGGAUAAAUUAACAAAAGACAUGAUUGUAACUCUUCAUUGUAAGGGGUCCUUAUUACAGUGUAAUUACACUAACAAGUGUUGUAGUUAACUGUGACAACUCAUAGUUACAUUGUAAUAUGUAACUGCUUGUAAUUGUGAUAUGUAACUACAUGGUAAUUUUACAAGUAAAGUUGUGGGGUUUACUCUUCAAAAGUUUAAAAUGUACUUUGAUUAUAUUAUUAAAAUAGUCAAAAAAAUGUUUUAUUCCCAUCGAUAGUCACUAGAUGUGGUUAGCAGUAGUGUGGUUGUGGUCAGUGGUUGUGGUCAAAAGUUGUGGUUGUGGUCACUAGAUGUGUAGUUGGGGUCAGUAGAUGAGUGGUCAGAAUUUGUGUGGUUGUGGUCAGUAGUUGUGUGCUUCUGGUCAGCAGUUGUGAUCAGUAGUUGUGUGGAUCUAGUCUGUAGUUAUGGUUCAGUUGAAUGGUCAAUAUUUGUGUUGUUGGGGUCUGUAAUUGUGGUUAUUCUCUUCACUCAUAAAGUUUGCUCUCUGUGUCUGAAUAUCCUAGCAAUAUUUUUUUCUAACUUGUUGGGUUAGUGGUCCAAAUGGCUGUUGUAUGGAAAAUAAUUUAUCUGCUGGUUUCUGACAUGAUUUACAGCAGCUAGAAAGAGAGAAGGCGAUUGGUUACUAAAAUGGAUCUUAGUUAUAGAUUGGUACACACGAUUUCUUAUCCGAUUUCGGAUUUGACAAGCAGAGAAGUAGGGGAAGAUUUCAUACCUUGUAACAUUUUUUCUCUAACUUGUUGCGUUAGUGGUGAAAACUUCUGUUUUUUGGGGAAAAGUUGGAAGAAGAUGUGGUAAUGCAGUUACUAAAACAGCUGUAGCGUAAGAUCCCUAGUCAAUAUUUUGAUUCCCCCGACCAGAUAUGAAUAGCAGAGAAGUAGACGGAUAUUUCAUCUAACUUAAACGGUGUAGGAGGAAUAGAGUGCUGGAGAAAAACUAAGAUGGGGCUCUUGCUUUGAAAGCCCCACAAUUACAGCAGUGUAACAAUGAAUGCUUGUUACCAUGCUUGUUACAAAUGAGCAGGUUUCCACUAAAUUCACUGACUUAGUGUUUCACUUCUAAUUAUCAUAAUACAAAAUCCCCAUCGAAAUACAGCAAUUUAUAAUACAGAUGUAUUUUUUUGCAUGGGCUACGUCUCAAUCCACUGCAUCCGCCUAUGUCGCCCUUCCGUAUCUGCAGGGAAAGGUGGCACAGCUAGAGUGGUGUUUGUCAGACCAUGAGACAUCCCCUAAAAUCGGUCUUCUCAUGAAAACGUCUGUAGCAUCCGAACAGCCUACAAACUAUUAUGGAAAGAUGGAGACUCAUGUUUUGUUCUAGGACCCCCACAAGCAUCACGGGACAGUACAGCCGAUCUGCCAACUUCUGUCUGUAGCAUCCAAACAGUUUGGGCUACACACUAAUAUGAUCCCUCUAUGGAAAGGUGAGCCUGUAAUGUACAUGUCAGUUGUUUUGCUCUAAGAGCACAAGAAUCACAAAACUAAUCUGUACCAAUUUUAAAAAAUUAAUGGAAGUAUGGACACAGUUUAGCGCCUAAAAUAAGGGGUUAAAUACCAAAAACACACAAAAAAAGUUUCCUGAUCUUUCUUAAAACACUCAGAUAUAGGACAGACACCUCAGAACAAACUUAACUGUGAGUCAGGGUCAUUCUUGUAAUGUUAUCCUGUGUGUUUGUUCAGGUCAGCUGGUUAAAAUGCUGGUGUACUCCGAGGUAACUCGGCAUCGGGACUUUAAGUUGUUGGAGGGAAGCUAUGUGUACAGGGCUAGUAAAGUCCACAAAGUCUCUUCAACCGAGGCAGAGGCCUUAGCUUCAGAUCUGAGGGGGCUGUUUGACAAGCACAGGUUCAGGAAGCUGCUCCUGUUCAUCCUGAACUUUGAGGAGGGCGACCUGCGUACCUACCAGGACAUGGACCCCAACAGGACCAGCAUGAGAGAGUUGUUCCGCCGGUUCGACCUGGGACCAGACAUCAUGGAAUCCCCUGGCCAUGUUUUGGCCCUGUACCGCAAUGACAACUACUUGGACCAGCCGUGCAUCCAGACCGUAAGACCAUCGCUAAAACUGCAGUCCCUACCUCUUUCCAUUGUGUGGGCUAGGGUAACUACCCAAGGGCUUUGCCAGGUAAUACACACACACAUAUGCAGGCGCUCAAGAAUGCAUUAAUACAUUAACAUCAAGUGUUUUUAUGAUGGUGUUGUAUAUGUCCCCAAAGUAACCUCACUAUUCCUGUGUGUCUCAUGUUAAGUGCAUGGAGGGACCUACAUGUUAAACAGAAAGUCCACCCGGAUAUUUAACCCUGCACCUUACAGGCUGCUGCUCCAUAUACAUAGACUUGAAAUCAUUGGCCACUUAAUAAUGGAACACUAUUCACUUUAAUGUUUACAUGUUUUUGCUUUACUCAUCUCAUAUGUAUAUACUGUAUUUUAGUCUAAGCCACUCCAACAUUGCUCUUCUUAAUUUGUAUAUAUUUCUUAAUUCCAUUCUUUUACUUUUAGGUUGUGUGUAUUGUUGUGAAUGGUUAGAUAUUACUGCACUGUUGGAGCUAGAAACGCAGGCAUUCCGCGACACCCGCAAUAAAAUCUGCUUAACAUGUGUUUGUGACAAAUAAAAUUUGAUUUAUAUUCUUCCGAGUUUAGUGUAUUAGGAGAGUAUGUGAUUGCGUGUGAAUGAAUGGUUGAAUGAAUGAAUGGCCAUGUGUUUGUGUGGUGAAGCAAAACUAAAUUGAUGAUUAGUUGAUACACGUAUCCUGCAGAUUAUCUCUGAGAAGAACAAAGCCAGUGGAAUUGCGUUGUAUUGUGAGACAGAUAGAGAAAUGGGUGGUUCGGAGAGGUAAGGGUAGAAGAUAGACAAUGACAUUAAAGAGGUUUACAAAUCCAAAUGAAGGACAAUCCCCUUGGGUAUAUCCCAUAUGCUCUCACUCACUGAAUUAUUGAUAUGAAUCAAUGUCUUUCUGUUCCAUUUAGUAAAUGUCUCCUGAUAAUCAGCAAACGGUGCUCAAUGACGUGAACAUGUCAACAUUACUCAUUAUCUUCAAUACAUGCAAUUAAAUAAAUACAAAAAAACUAUUUGUUGUAGAUAUUGUUUAUUGCUUCAAUGGUAACAUGCCAUAUGUAUUUACAAUGAUACAGAUAAAAACCACUAUAAAACACCCCCUCCAAAUCAUAUCCUCCAAUGCUCAGAAAUACAUAAUUGCCAACACACUCCACUUCUCUUUUUCAUUUUCAUCUUCCCGUACACACAUACACACAUACACAAACUUCUAGAAA